CAGUGUAACUAUAUCUCUAGAUUGACCGUGAAUAUCACGGGAGUGACAAUGGCUGUUAUUUUUGGCCAAGCGUUCUUUCUACAAAUAUUGCUCUUUGCGACAACAGACGCACUUCUGUGCUAUAAUUGUACCAAUCUUGCGGACUCAACGGAAUGUCUGGCACUUUCACAAUGUGACGCAGGACAUUCGUGUUACAUGGACUUCCGGUCGGCAGAUCAGAGGAGCACACUUGGUUGUAUUGAUAACACGAAAUGUGGUGUAAGCACUGGAUUAGGCGGGAGUUUAAUUGGUAGAAAUGUCAACGAACGCCAGAUAGACCAAGAUUGUCAUGAGUGCUGUAGUACGGAUAAAUGCAAUAAAGUUCUCUGUUCUCACAAGAAACCAACAGAUUGCGUUGAUGAUAGUAAAGUAGACUGUGCGUUUAUGAAUAGUUUUAUGAAUGUGUGUGCCGACGUGCAACGUGCAAAGGUUAUCUGUCCGAAAUUCUGUUCCCUGUGUUCACUGGUAGAUGGAGCCUGGUCGGACUGGUCGGGAUGGUCCAAGUGUGACGCAUCUUGUGGUAAUGGGGUUCAAACUCGUCUAAGAACGUGUGAUAACCCGGCUCCAGCUAACGGCGGUCUCGAUUGUGUCGGCCCUAACACAGAUCAAAUGACUUGUUCACAAGGACUUUGUCCAGUAAAUGGUGGCUGGGCACAGUGGUCACAUUGGGGCAAUUGUUCUGUUAUAUGUGGGGUAGGUCUGGAAAAACGUCGACGUAACUGCUCUAAUCCAUUACCUGAAAGAAACGGACAUCCGUGUUUUGGUGACGCUAUAGACGUCAGAGUAUGUUCACCGGGACCAUGCGGACAUGGCGGUUGGUCAUCUUGGGGUAUUUGGAGCACGUGCUCGGCUACUUGUGGUGACGGUUUACAAAAAAGAUCACGUUCGUGUACAAAUCCGAAACCUUCGCUGUUAGCGCAGUACUGCGAGGGAGACGCAUCACAAGUUCAAAUGUGUAACAACAUGUCGUGCAACGGCGGGUGGUCUUCUUGGGGACAUUGGAGCACGUGUUCUGCCACGUGCGAUGACGGUCUUCGAACGAGAUCUCGCUCUUGUACGAACCCCAGACCACCGCUCCAUGGCGGGAACUACUGCGAGGGAGACCCAACACAAGUUAAAACAUGUAGCUAUGUUUCAUGCACUCCAAAUAUUGCGUUUAAAGCACAUAGUGUGAGGGAUACUACGCCUACUCCUAAGCAAACAAUGGUACUCGAAAGUGUCAUAUUUAACCAGGGCAACGCCUACAGUACCAGUACUGGCAUCUUCACAGCCCCUGUCAGCGGAACCUAUUUCUUUACAACUCAGUUUUGUUCAAUUCAGAAACAUGUCUUUAACUACGAUAUUAAAGUGGAUGGGACAACAUAUGCUACUGGCAAAACCUAUGCCGAGACCUCAUUCCCAUGUAACACUGCGGAUACCGUGGCUGUCCUACACGCAAACUCAAAAGUCUGGGUUGAGUGUACUUAUGUUAUACCGGGGUCGCAAAUAUAUCAAGACGGAGCCCAUAUGAACUCUUUCUCCGGCUAUCUUGUGCAUCGAUAAACUGGACACUAAAAAUUAUAUGCAGAUAUCUUGGUUUUCCAUGGAGUUUAAACUAAAAUAAAUAAGCAUUCUAAA